AACCUUACCUUGUCCACAGAGUUAAAAGAUUACGACUUUUCAAUCCAAACAACUUAUUUGAUAAAAAUGACACUGAUUUUUGUAAAAGAAAAAAAAAAAUCAAUAAUAAUUGCUCCAUCACUUGUCCUCCCUUCAAUAUAUACCAAUCAUAGCACACUCAUUUAUCGGUUGCUCCAACUCUGCUAGAAGAGGUACUACUACUGUUAGUCUGUUGUUCCAACAGACUGACUGAGUACAUUCCUCUCUGUAACACUACAAGAAUCCGCGCUUCUUACUCAAAACUCGAUAUCUUAUUAACCAUGAGUACCCAUUGUAAGAAAACAGCAAAUGCUGUUGGAGGAAAGACGGCACGGGCGUGCGAAAGCUGCCUUAAGAGGCGCGCUAGAUGGUUCUGCGCCGCCGAUGAUGCUUUCCUUUGUCAGGCCUGCGACUCAUCAGUCCAUUCGGCUAAUGAGCUCGCAAGCCGACAUAAUCGAGUCCGCCUCGAGUCUAAGCUAAACCCACAACCAUCCCCUUCGUGGCACCAGGGGUUCACGAAGAAGGCGCGAACCCCUCGUGGUAACAACAAUGCUAAAACCAACAAACCUUCUUAUAAUAACUACGAGAUGCGUGUUGUGCCGGAGGUUUGUAAUGAAGAUGAUGAUGAUGAAGGAUCGAUCGAAGAAGAUCGAAAUGAGGCGGUGUUUAGUGUUCCGAACUUGGAGGUUAAUGAUCCCUUUGAAAUUAAGGAGUUCAAAAAUAGUAACAACAACAAAAGUAGUGUUGUAGAAGGUGGUUUUGAAGAGGAUGAUUUCAACAUCUCGUUGAUUGGUUUUGAAGGAGAUAAUAACAAUGAGUGGGAAAACUAUUUACCGGCGGGUUUUUUACCCUCCGAUAACGAUUUAGCGGAGUUUGCGGCGGAUGUUGAGAGUUUGAUAGAGCACGAGGCGACCGAGGAGGGCGGAAAAGGAGGCGAUGAGGAGGCGGAUGAUGAGCUACAACUUUUAUUUCCGGGUGUUAAAAUCGAAGAAGAGGGGGAUAUUAGUGCUACUACUGAUCAUUGUUACUUUGAUUGGUCAAUUGAUGUUGAAAGUGAAAUGUUUAAUUUUGACUUAAAUCAAACUUAUGGAAAUAAUAGUAAUCAUGAUCAGUCUCAAGUUAGUGGUGUUGAAGAAGAUGAGGAAGAGGAUGGUAAGAAAGUGGUGGUGCCAAAGCACGAGGCGACCGAGGUGGAGGAGGAGCUAGAGGGAGGUAAAGAUGUGGAAGCUAAUAAUAAAAGGAGGAAAAUACUAUUGAGGUUAAAUUAUGAUGAGGUCAUUAAUGCAUGGGCUAGCCAAGGUUGUUUAUCACCGUGGACCACCGGGCGGCGGCCGGAGUUUGAAUUUGACCAUCAUGGUUGGCCCUAUUGCAUGGGAGGUAUGUUCCCGACCGGAGUUCCACACCCUCAAGGAGAGGGAUGGAUGGGAAUGAGAGGAAACGCGAAUGGUGGGGACGAAGGGAGAGAAGCAAGAGUAUCAAGAUACAGAGAAAAGCGAAGGACAAGAUUAUUUUCAAAGAAGAUAAGAUAUGAAGUUAGGAAAUUGAACGCUGAAAAGAGGCCUCGAUUGAAAGGACGGUUUGUCAAGAGAACAUCUCUUUCACAAGUAGUAGGAGUUGGUGUUGAACCCACUUUCCCUAAUUAUCACAAUAAAUAACAAUUAGCAUGUAAAUUAGUCUUUGUUUAAUUACUACUCCUAUAUAUUAUUGUCAAAUAAUCCUAAAUUAAUACCAAGUACUUAACAAGUUUAUAUAUGAAAUCUCGUGGGCAUAUAUGUAUGCGGUGAUGCUAAUGUAACGGCUCAAUACUUUACUUAGUUGUAAUAAAACCAAUUACAAUUAUGGCAUGAGUGCAUAAAUUAUUUGCUUUUAAUGAA